AUGAGACUGGCACUAUCACCAGCCAUGAAGUCUAUCAUUAGACAACCAAUUUUAAAGCCAAAUAUGUUUGCAACGGCAGGUCCAGUUACGAGUGGAAGAUUGCUACACAACUUACAAGGCAAAUCUUCCGGGACAUUUCAGUCAAGAUUUUAUUCUCAGGAAUCCGAAAAGGAACAGCCAAAAGAGGAAUCUUCCAAAACCGAAGACUUGACUGAAGAACAACAAAAACUGAAGACUUUAGAAGAACAAUUGGAGGCAAAAAGUAAGGACGCCGCAGAAUUGAAAGACCGUUUACUGAGGUCAGUAGCUGACUUCCGUAACUUGCAGGAGGUCACGAAAAAGGACAUUCAAAAGGCCAAGGAUUUUGCAUUGCAAAAGUUUGCCAGGGACUUAUUAGAAUCUGUGGACAACUUCGGACACGCAUUACAAGCUUUCAAGCCAGAAUCUCUAGAGAAAUCACAGGAAAUCAAGGACUUGUACACGGGUGUUAAAAUGACUAAGGACGUUUUUGAAAAGACGUUGAAAAAGCAUGGCAUUGAAAAGAUUGAGCCUUUGGGGGAACAGUUUGACCCUAACAAGCACGAGGCCACUUUUGAGCUUCCACAGCUGGAUAAGGAGCCAGGGACAAUCUUCCACGUUCAACAGGCAGGCUUCUCCUUAAACAACAGGGUCAUCAGACCAGCCAAGGUCGGUGUCGUUAAGGACGUCGAAAAAUAA